AUGCCUCGUCAGGAGCCGAAUCCCAGGGAUCCUCGGAUCCAGAAGGACUCAGGAGCCCGAAGGAAGACCCAACCCGAAGCGAACGUCGAACCGCCACCCGUAAUCGCCGCUGCGUCCUCGCGGCAGAGCAAGACAUCGGGUGCCGGCCGCCCCGCCCCGCGCCCCGCACGCCCGCCUCCCGGCCCGCGCGCCGCGCGCACGCCGUCUCCCCGCGCCUCGUCGCACGCCGCGCCGGGCCCGCGCCCGUCCGCUGCGGCAGUCUUCGCCGCGCCGCCGAGCCGCGCGCCCGCCUCUCGUCGCGCGAGUUACGCCUCGCAAGUCGCGCCGCCGAGCCGCCCGGUUGUGCCUGCGCCCGUGCCGCCGUUCUCCCGCGAGAACUCAAACCUGAGUGUUUCGCGCACAGCGCCACCGCUGGCGCUAAUGCCCGCCGCCGCGCCGCCGUCGGAAGCUGCGCCCGCCGCCGCGCACGCUCCGCUUUCGCGCCCGCCGACCGCGAGUUAG